UUCGUCGCAUUGUAAUUGUCAAUUCGUCGAUGUAGUUAGUUGAUUAGUAUUUACGUUUCUUACUUUCGUGAGUUAGGGUUUUCACCAAAUUCUCUAGUUCGUAAUGUAAAUCUGUAUAUCGAGUUAAAUGAUCGAGAAAUAUAAACGGUUCAAAUAUUUAUCGCAGUGGUUCAAUAAAUAGGAAUGUUUAUGAAACUUUCUAAAAUGGUAUACAAAAAAUAUUGUGUUGUGCUUCUAAUUUUCGCUCUCGCGAUAGUUCAGGCUGUCGGUUACGACACGGAGCUGUUCGAGACCGUCGCCUGUGAUAGCACUGCAUGUUUCGAUGCACUACAUGGAGCUCUGGGUGACUGUUCUUGUAAUGUUGACACGAUCGACUAUUUCAACAAUGUGAAGAUAUUCCCUCGCAUCCAGAGUUUGGUAAGCAAAGACUAUUUUCGUUUCUACAAGGUUAAUUUGAAAAAAGAAUGUCCUUUUUGGGCCGACGAUAGCAGGUGUGCCAUGAAAUAUUGCCAUAUAAAAACCUGUUCCAAGGAGAGUGUUCCCGGUUUCGAGAACGAUUACGAAAAUGAACUCGAGGAGGAACCACCGGCUCUAAAGUAUUCUCAGGAGGCUCAGACUCCAUGUAAUAGUGAUGCGGAUCAUGAUCCUGCUCUUGGAUAUCUCAAUAUGACUCUAAGUGUCGCAAGCCAAUUCGAAAUCGCAAAAUGGAAAGCUUACGACGAUUCUGUUGGCAAUUUCUGUGAUUGUGAUGAUAAAGAUGCUGAAGCAGAAUAUGUAGACUUGUCUUUAAACCCCGAGAGAUAUACAGGAUAUAAAGGCACCUCUGCACACAGAAUUUGGAGAAGCAUCUACGAAGAGAAUUGUUUUAGACCUAAGGUUAAUCCAUACAAAUCUUUUCCUUAUGUUUUAAGCUCAGACUUAGGCAAUAUGUGUUUGGAGAAGAGAGUGUUCUACAGAGCAGUUUCUGGAUUACAUACAAGUAUAAACAUACAUUUAUGUUCAAAAUAUUUGCUCUCAGAAAAGAAGUUAGGUUUUGCGGCUCCACCUGAAGGUGAAUGGGGACCGAAUCUGGCAGAGUUCCAACGUCGUUUUGAUCCAUCUCAGACAUUUGGUGAGGGUCCAAAUUGGCUGAAGAAUUUGUACUUUGUAUACUUACUUGAAAUGAGAGCUUUGGCUAAAGCUGGACCUUAUUUGGAACGGGAAGAUUAUUUCACUGGUAACCCUGUCGAAGAUGAAGAAACGAGAGACGCUAUACGUAACAUGUUGGGUGUUAUAUACACUUUCCCCGAUCACUUCAAUGAAUCAUCCAUGUUCAACGGUGGCAGCCCAGCUGCAAAACUAAAGCAAGAGUUCCGAGAUCAUUUUUGGAACAUCUCACGGAUAAUGGAUUGUGUUGGAUGUGACAAAUGCAAGUUGUGGGGCAAAUUACAAACCCAGGGUUUGGGGACCGCACUCAAAAUAUUAUUCUCCGGCCAGUGGGAUAGUUUUGAUGAGGAAGCAGAGAAGGGUAGGAUAGUACUGAGGCAUAAAGCACACAAGCGCUUGCAGAGGACUGAGAUAGUGGCACUAUUUAAUGCCUUCGCAAGACUGUCAAAUAGUAUAAGGGAAUUAGAAAACUUCAGGAAUAUGCUCAGCAGCCACACAGACGGUCAGAAGGACGUGUUUAGCGGAGCGGCCGGUGACAUCAAACGAGAGCGUUGUACGUCGGGAGUAUCGAAACCUAGCCUUUGGAGUUAGACAUAUAGACAAGCCGAAACCAGGAGUUCCCAACUUAUAAAAAUAUUUGAGACAUAGGGAGUCACAGAAAAAAAUAUACGGUUGGGAACCCCUGGCGAAGACAGAAUAAAAAUUUUAUAUAGAAAUUAUCGACCGAAUGGUUUCGAUCUGUGUGAAGUGUCAAAAGUUUUGACGUUUACAAUAGACCUGUCAACGUGUCGAGAAUUGGUUUUGAAAAUUUUCUCACUGUAUCAUCACAUUAUUCCAGUGGUAAAGUGAAUUAAUAUAAAGCUAUUUUUACACAAUUUUAUAAUAACCAAGUAACUGGUUGGUAACACGUUAUGUUCGAUAACAAAACGCCCAUUUAGAUAAAACAGGUUCUACACCAAUUAAAAAUAUAUGCAGUUAAUUGUAACGAACUUUCUAAUUACGUUGUGCAAAAUAUUUUAUUUAUUUUAUAUGCAUAUUGUCGGUUUAAUUGAAUGGGUCUCGCUGUCACAAUACGUGUGUUGACAAAACUACGAUUUUAUAUUACUUAAGUAUUUCUAGUCACAUUUUUUUAUGUCAUUUAUACAGAAAUGCUCUGACAUAUUUUCUCAUUUCAAAAUGACAGAUGUCAGGAUAUAUUAUAACAUUUUUUUUUUAAAUGGGCUCAGGUUUAACCGCGCUGUUAUGGGCUAGAAUUAAAUUGUGUUUCAGCAAAACGUCUAAAAUUCUUCUCGUGUUAAGAUGUUUUCUUUGAGAGGACAAAGAAAUUAAUUUCUACUUUAUAUUUUGGAAAAUGACAAUUUCGAUGCAUAUAUAUAAUAUAUUGUUUUCUAAUGUUUUAAGUUAUUAAAUAUUUUUUUCGGUUCAGCGGACUUUUCCUUCACAUUAUUAUAACAUCAGUAUUUAUAGUUAGCGUUUCAUGGUUAGUGGCAUUGUGAAUUUUAAAGUGACCUUUCAUAUCGGACGGUCGUUAGUUUUUUAUCAUUUUAGUUACAUUUAAACUCUCUAGGACUAAUUGGAAUUGUUAGGUGUUAAUUAUAUUUGUUAGCAUAUAUUCCAACAACAAAAAAAAGUUUGUUUGUCACAAUUUUACGUUAAGUUAAAAGUCUGUGAUGUUUUGAGGACUAUUUAUAAUUUAUUUAUAACAUUAAGAUGUCUUGUUUAUAAUUUUAAAAAUAAAUUUUAUCUGAUAUAUA